GAGAAAGAGAACAGAGACCGAGAGAGGCAUUCAAGACGGCACUCUCUCCCCGACCUUCCACCUUCUUCCCAUGCUUCAACCGCUUUUCGAGAGACUUGGGUCUGUCUCUCUCGAGUUGUUGCGAUACAACAUACCCCCGCUUCUGUCCGAUACGCCGAUUAUGAAAUAGGACCGUCCCACCGACUGUUUCGAGAGCUUUGCCCUCACAAGGGUCUCCCAAGUGCAUCUUCGAGCUCAGCUCGACGCUGACCCGCGCCGCUAUACCUGCAAGAGAAUUGUAUACGAGACACAACAGCGCAACUGCGAAAGACAUCGCUUUUGCCAGCUGAGCCUACCAUUCAUCUUAUUGUAGUUCCGAAGCAUCUUUUUCUUCAGGUCGGAAUUUUGCAUAUCAUAUCCUCUUUGCCCACAAGGUCCUCUUCAAGCCUGCAAGAUGACCGACGCCACUGAAUACACCGCGGCGCCGACGCCCAUGGAAGUAGUUGACGAACAGAGCCCCGGUCUCUCGACGCCUGCCAGCAAGACCAAGGGACGCCAUCGGGUGCUCUGCGGCGUGCAACGAAUGUCCUCCUCGCCCUCGCUGUCCAGGAGCGGCCGCAUGAGAUCUCACAGCAAUCCUCAACGCGGGCGUGGAAAUGUCUCCUGCGUGAGCUUGGCAGGGCCUUCGACCUCGGGAACAUCUUUCAGCGGCGACUCUUAUUUCCCCACAGGAGCGACGGCAUCCGGUUACGCGAGCGCCUCGAGUUCGGUCCCAGGAACGCCGUCGAGCGAAGUCAUUCAGUUCGUCGGCAUUGACGGCCGUUUGGCUAUCCGACGAGUCGACAACGUCUUUCCUACCUCGCAGUCACCAGGUCCCCAAACCAUUGGGCUUCCAUCCGACCUGAGGACCACGAGUAAACCCCAGGUCGCAAACCCGACGAUCCCCAAACGUGGCUUCAAUUUUUGGGAGAACAUGCCACACGAAAUGCGCGUGCAUGUCUUCUCCUACCUUACACCUAAGGAGCUCGUACGCGCUUCACGUGUCAGCAAGGCGUUCCACAAGAUCUGCUUCGACGGACAGCUGUGGACAUCGUUUGAUGCCACGGAGUUCUACCAGAUUAUCCCGGCCGAAUCACUCGCCAGAAUCAUCGUCGCCGCCGGCCCAUUCAUCAAAGACCUGAACCUCAGAGGUUGCGUCCAGGUCGAACACUACAAGCGGGCCGAGGUGGUCGUCAAGGCCUGCAAGAAUUUGGUCAACGCCACGCUCGAGGGCUGCCGCAACUUCCAGCGCAACACGCUGCACAGUUUGUUGAGAAGCAACGAUAAGCUUGCGAACCUGAACUUGACUGGGCUGACGGCAGUGACCAAUAUGUCAUGCAAGAUCAUCGCCGAGUCGUGCCCGCAGCUAGAAAUGUUCAACGUAUCGUGGUGCGUGCAUAUGGACGCGCGAGGAAUCAAGGCAGUGCUCGAAGGAUGUCCCAGACUCAAGGACCUGAGGGCUGGAGAAGUUCGGGGGUUCGACAACCUUGAAGUCGCCGACACCAUUUACAAGACGAACAACCUCGAAAGGCUGGUAUUGAACGGCUGCGCCGAGCUCAAUGACCGCGCCCUCAAGAUCAUGGUUCACGGAGAGGACCCCGAAAUAGACAUUCUUACCGAUCGACCUGUCGUGCCCCCGCGGAAAUGGCGCCACCUCGAUCUCAGCCGCUGCUCCCGACUGACAACCCCUGGUGUGAAGGCUUUGGGGCACAACGUCCCAGAUCUGCAGGGCCUGCGGCUGUCCGGAUGCACAGCACUUACAGACGCCGCCCUAGAGCCCAUCUUCGCCUCCGCCCCGCGCCUUACGCAUCUCGAGAUCGAAGACCUGUCGGACCUUACAAACAGCCUUCUAUCCGAGCACUUGGCCAAGGCUCCCUGCGCGCCCUGGCUGGAGCAUCUCUCCAUCAGCUACUGCGAGAAUCUCGGCGACAGCGGCGUGCUCCCGGUCGUCAAGAACUGCGUCAAUCUGCGUGCCAUGGACCUCGACAACACCCGCAUCAGCGACCUCGUCCUUGCCGAGGCGGCCUACAUGGUCAGUAACCGUUCCCGGAGCACCUCGGCGAAGCCGAAGCCACGAGUCGGCCUUCACAUGGUUGUCUACGACUGCCAAAACGUCACCUGGGCCGGCAUCCGCGAGGUCCUCUUCCGCAACGCCCAGACAAAGCCCUCCAUGUCCGAGGUAGGCAAGUUCGCAUACUCGGCCGAGGCCAUCAGCCUCAAGUGCUUCUACAAGUUCCAGAUGACGGUCGACGAGCACACGAAGCGCGUGCUGCGGGGCGACCUUCCCGCCGCCAACCGUCUCGAGCGCCGCUGGGCCGACUACAUGCAGGCCAACGAGGAGGCCGGGACCACGGGAGCCGGCCACCGACGCCGCAGGCGCAGAGCCCGCGAGGCGCAGAUACUACACGCCGACGAGGAGGAGGGCGGCAACGGCGGCCGACGACGGGGCCGCACCGUCGGUUCCUGCACCAUAAUGUGAGCGCGGCGAGUGCUCUUCACUUCAACAAGGUCGUCAUGAGCCCCGUGUAGAGAGAGUCUGAAGGGUGACGGGAGGGAUGAUCUGUCUUCUACACUUUUCAUUUUGGGCCAUAUCAGUACGUACAUAUUCGUUCUCCAGGGGCGUUUGGCGCAACUCGCAUUUCCGUCGCUAGAUCUGGGAUGCAUUGCCGCGCUCUCUGUCCAUGUCUCUCC